UCGAGGGUAAUACGACACCGUCUACCACCUUGAUGACCUAGGCAAAAAAAGCAUAGGGAUGUUAUAAAUUUUUCAUUUCUCCUAUUUUUUUUUAGACAUAACCUGGGAUUCGAACCCGCACUAUCGCCCUCCAUGCACUCCCCCGAUACACUUCCCAUACAUACUCAUUCUUCCAAGUUGCUUCACGUUAUGAUUUUGCAUUUGAAAGCCCUGUUUGAAUAUUGUGGCCAGCUGUCUUUGAUGGUACGGUAUGGGACAGGUACGGGAUAGCGCCGGGCAUCUUUUUCGUUUGCCGUUCGUUGGCAACAGCCUUUGCCUUCAUCUCUGGUGCGGGUGUAAUCUAGUGACUUCGUACAUGCGCUAUAAUAGACCAAUCCCUUUGUCUGGGUUCGUGAAAAGGGCCACGCGUGCAAGUCAGCUCGUGUGAAGUGCAUGGUUUUGUAUUUAGCUGGUAUGUGGCGGCUUAUGGGACAGAGAGACUUUUGCUCCCCAAGCUUGUGUAUAUAAAUCGUGUUUUACGUCGACCAUGACGGCUACAAUGCCCAACCAUACCACAACGAACUGAUCGGCUAUAUCACUGUAUUGUGAAAAGUUUCCAUCUGUUCGAAUAACAUGCAUGAUGAGCUAGGCAAAAAAGCAUAGUGUAGGGCCCUGAGCGAAAGAAAUAAACUUUCUCUUUGCAUUCGAGGGUAUUACGACACCAUCCACCACUUUGUUGACCUAGGCAAAAAAAAGCAUAGGGAUGUUAUAGAUUCUUCAUUUCUCCUAUUUUUUUUUCAAGACAUAACCUAGGAUUCGAACCCGCACUAUCGCCCUGCAUGCAUUCCCCCGAUACACUUCGCAUACAUACUCAUUCCUCCAAGUUGCUUUACGUUAUGAUCUUGCAUUUGAAAGCCCUAUUUGAAUAUUGUGGCCAGCUGUCUUUGAUGGUACGGUACGGGACAGGUACGGGAUAGCGCCAGGCAUGCCGACGGCACAAACAAACACGGAAUUAAAGCUGUGUGGACCCUGGCUAGCGACAGACGUUACUGAAGUAACGUCUUUUGCAUAGCUACGGGAAUUAAAAGAAUACUUUGUAUCUCUCACGAGGCAACUAGCAGUUCACCUGGCUUAUCUUUUGUUUUGUUUUGUUCAACACUCUCUGAUCAGCACUGGUGAACAGUGUGGAUCGUGUCCUAACACUGCUGACCUGAAAGCAAAAGCGUAUCUAUUAUUGCACACAUACCGGAUUCGGAUGAAAAUGACAACAAUAGCGGAAUUCAUAGUUUUAAUUUUUAAAGUAAAUUUAUGCCAUUUUGUCUAAGUUUGUAAUAGAGGUGGCGGACUAAUGAAUCCCACUGGGUUGUGCUCUCAAAAUUACAACUUGUUCUGUGUCUGUGCAAUACAAGUCAUCAACGAUCUACCACCGUCAACAUCCGUUUUACCAACUACUGUGACAACAUCAGUGCAAACUACCGGUGCACCAACAUCCUCCUCAAGUACAAUACAAGCAGAUACAUUUAUCAUACUGCCAACAACCCAGCCCAGCUAUCUGCCGGAUUCAAACCUCACAGGAUCCAGCCUCACAGGAUCCAGCAGUAGCAGCAGUGAAACACCCAGCAACAGCAUGCACAGUGAUGUGGGAGGUCCAAAUGUGUCCCAAAAGCCACCACUAAAUACCGAUUCAAGCACAUCCAGUUCUGGCGACUUCACUUCCAUAGCAAUAGGAGCAGGAAUGACAGUGCUGGUUCUGCUGAUGAUCACUUGUGCUAUUACUCUGGUGUGUAGACGAAGGAAAAGAUUGACUGUAACUAUCACUGACCAUUGUUCAAGCACGCUACAACACCAGAGGCAAGAUGAAAAUGCAGGUCCCUGUGAUCAUCUAACUCAGGAUGACUGCGCACCCAUGGGCACACAAACAGGAGACACCUACACAGCCUUGCAAACAAUGACGUGUCUACCACCUUCUGAGUAUGCAGGAGUAGGAGAAACAUCUACAGGGAUCCCAGAUGGUGACGAUGCAUACGUUACGAUGACUGGUUGGGCAACCACACAUAGUGAGACACAGCUGGCACCUUCUGGUGAAAACGAAGCCUAUUAUUGUUCUACUGAUGAGUUCACAGAUGGUGGACACACAGUUGCCAGUAGUAGUACUGGCACCACGCCAGCCAUUGAGGUUGUCUCCAACGUCGAAUACGCCAACACUGCAUCAGUGCUCAUGACCAGCUGCUCAGUUGACAAGGCUGGUGUACUCAAUGAAGGCACCAGUGCUGCGCAUUCAGCUGAUCAAGGCAUACAGAGCCCAGCACAGCAUACUGCCAGUUCACAGCUUCCUCCAGCAAGUAAUUUAGUCAUCUAUGCUAACAGGAGUGCCAGUGAUGAAACACAGUUGAACUCAGGCAAAUCGGAUAGAGAAACAGGUGGUGAAUUCUACCAAAGCUUGCAGGCUCCCCUCGACGACCAAGUGUACAUGAAACUGAACCCUCCAGGUCAUAUGGCGUGAGGAUUGGCAGUGGUCUUGUCAUAAAUGAAAACUGCACAAUCUGCCUCUGCAAAAGCACUGAUUUUCUGCUGCUCCGGCCAUUGUUGGGACGGGAAAAUUUAAUGAUGGGUAAUAAUGCAAAGUGAGUUUUCUCCAGUUUUGGUAUGCCUGCUUGUAGCUAUUGCACAUGCGCAUCUCUACGUUUGAGGUACACUGAUGCACCACAAAUCUAGUUUGUAUGGACACUCGACCACGCACAUGAUUUUGUACUCUUCACCCUGUAUUUCUUCUCCAAAGAUCGUUUUAAAAAUGCUGAAUCCAUAAUUAUACUGACAUUGAAUGAUGUCCUUGCUUUUGUCACCUGCGCGCGUGCUUUGUCGAGACCAUUUGCCAUUGCUUCGAACUGUGAUCAAGACUGUCCGAUGUCAUUCUCACCUGCUAAACUUCUUAAGGACUGACAUCAAUAUGGAGGUUUGGAUCGGCAUCAGCAUACAAAUGGAACGUCUACUUCGGUACUUUGAAGUAUAAUGUAAAGCAGUCACACAGUGACAACUGUCCAACCAAGUCUCCAGUCUUACUUGCUAUCACUCGUACAGUCGUAGUUUCCUUCUACAAAUGACUCAUCCCACAUCACAACUAGCUCUAUCACCAAGAGUGCAUAACCCCAAGAGUGUGCAACUCCUAGUCUCCGAGCUAUGCGUGCCGUCUGCUGCGCGCUGGCUGCAUUACAUUGAGACAAUGAUGAUCCAGCUGCCUGGAUUUGAGUUUUCCUACGGUUUAGCUUAUACAAUCUCACGUGCAACACUGUAAGUUCAAAGGCAGCGCCUAUGCGUGACGGAUCACCACACACAAAAGCAACAGCAUCGUCCAAAGUCUCCAAGGAAAGCGGAUUUCGAAGCUGGAAACUGUAGCAGAUCAAUAAUG